UUUGUUACCAUGCGGUCUCGCUGGACAAAAUGGGGGCCGAAGAAUGUCUCCAGAGGCUACACUGGGGCUUUGACCCCCUGAAUAACAUCUCGAUAGGUUCGCAGGCUGAAGGGAUAUAGUGACGAUACGUCAUGCGAUUUUUUACGUCCUAUUAUCUGCUGCUGCAGAUAAUAGUAUUUCUAUGUGGAGCUCAGGUAGCGACAUCUUGCCUGAAAUGCUUCACCACCCCAGCGGACAGAGCCAGCAUUUGUUACCAUGCGGUCUCGCUGGACAAAAUGGGGGCCGAAGAAUGUCUCCAGAGGCUACACUGGGGCUUUGACCCCCUGAAUAACAUCUCGAUAGCCUUCAACCAGAUACAGAACAUCAGAAAGUAUCUCAAGACCUUUGAAAAAGAGGUCAAGAAAAUUGAAAAACUAUCUUGGGUAGAACAGUUUGACAAAAAGAUGGCUGAAUUUGUCAAAGGCGUGAAAGAUCGUGUCUCAAGUCAUCCACCGUUGGAAUGCAGACCUCCAUGCGGGCUUCAAAAAGCUGCCCGAACCUUUUCAUGCAGCCGAUGUGCUGAGGAGGACUGCAAUAUCCCGGUGACCUGUCCCCUUAAGGACAUCAAGGUGGAAGAGCUGGAAGAGACCCGAAUCUGGUGCACGGCGUCCUUUAUCCUUCCUGAUCAUCCGAAGGUUGUUUGGAAGUACGCCAAAAACAUCAAAAAAAACGGAUUUGAGUAA